AUGGUUUCUGCAUCCAAGGCUGCCCGUCAGGCCAAACGUGCCGCCGACGGUGGUGACAAAAAAGUCUCCAAACUCGCCGCUAAAAAGGCCGCCAAGGCCAAGGCUGAGGGAGAUGAGACUCCCGAAUUGCAAGAUGGUGAUGGAGAUGCUAUCCCAACCGGCGAUGAGCCUGCCACCACUGCCGAUAAGAUGAAGGAAGUCGACAAGUUGACGGCACAAAUGGACAAGCACGGUCUCUCUGACCGAGUCACGACUGGUGUGUUGGCCUCGAUGGCUUCUUCCCGAGACGUGAAGAUUACUUCGGCUUCAUUGGUGUUUCACGGUAAGGUUCUGUUUAAUGACAGUACUCUCGAACUCAACUAUGCCCGACGUUAUGGUUUGUUGGGUGAGAACGGUUGUGGUAAAUCUACACUUUUGAAGGCUAUCGACAAGCGCGAGUUUCCCAUUCCCGACCAUAUUGAUAUUUACCUCUUGAACGAGGGUGCACCACCUAGCGAUCUCGGUGCCUUGGAAUGGGUUGUGAAGGAAGCCGAGAAUGAGAUGGAGCGUAUGGAGAAAUUGGCUGAAGAUAUUCUUGAGAAGAACGGUCCUGAAGAUCCUGUUCUGGAAGAUUUAUACGAGCGCAUGGAAAAUAUGGACCCAUCGACUUUCCACACCCGUGCCUCCUUGAUCUUGACCGGUCUAGGAUUCAACAGCAUCACUAUUCACAAGAAAACAAAAGACAUGUCUGGUGGCUGGAGAAUGCGAGUUGCUUUGGCUAAGGCUCUUUUCGUCAAGCCUUCUUUGUUGUUGCUCGACGACCCUACCGCUCAUUUGGAUCUUGAAGCCUGUGUGUGGUUGGAAGAAUACCUCAAAAAAUGGGAACGCACACUUGUCUUGGUUUCUCACUCUAUGGAUUUCUUGAACGGUGUCUGCACAAACAUGAUCGAUAUGCGUAUGAAGCAGCUCCUGUACUACGGUGGUAACUACGAUUCCUACCACAAGACCAGGAGUGAGCAGGAAACCAACCAGAUGAAGGCAUACAACAAACAGCAAGAAGAAAUUGCUCACAUCAAGAAAUUCAUUGCUUCUGCUGGUACAUAUGCCAACUUGGUGCGUCAAGCAAAGUCCCGUCAAAAGAUUUUGGAUAAGAUGGAGGCCGAUGGAUUCAUUCAGCCCGUCAUUCCCGACAGAGUAUUUUCUUUCCGUUUCGCCGAUGUUGAGAAGCUCCCUCCUCCCGUCCUGUCCUUUGAUGACGUGACUUUCUCCUACUCUGGAAAACCCGAAGACACCCUGUACGAAAAUUUGGAUCUCGGUGUGGACAUGGACUCCCGGACGGCCCUCGUCGGACCCAACGGUGUUGGUAAAUCCACGCUCCUCCGCCUAAUGACCGGCAAACUGAGCCCCAACAGUGGCCGGGUCACUCGCCACACUCACUUGAAAUUGGGUCUUUACAGCCAACAUUCCGCCGAACAACUUGACCUCACCAAAUCCGCCCUCGAGUUUGUACGCGAUAAAUUCAGCGAAACGAGCCAGGAUUACCAAUACUGGCGUCAGCAACUCGGUCGCUACGGAUUGAGCGGUGAAUCCCAAACCGCGUUGAUGGGUACAUUGUCCGAGGGACAAAAGAGUCGUAUUGUCUUUGCUUUACUCGCUAUCGAGGCGCCAAAUAUGCUUCUACUGGACGAACCUACGAACGGUCUUGAUAUUCCUACCAUUGACAGUCUUGCGGAUGCUAUUAAUGCGUUUAAUGGUGGUGUUGUGGUUGUUUCUCACGAUUUUCGACUCCUCGAUAAAAUCGCAAAAGACAUCUUGGUCUGCGAACACAAGACUGUCCGUCGAUGGGAUGGCUCUAUCGGAGAAUACAAAAACUACCUUCGCAAGAAGAUGGUUGCGGCCGGCGCUGUCUAAUCCACUCUCUUUGGUAUAUAGUAUUUCUCUUUCAAAUCCCGCUUUGUGGGCUUGUCAUGCGAUAAAAAAGAAUUGAGACGAGUUUACUUUUUUUUUUCUUGCAUUGAGUGUUAUGUUUGUGUGUGUUUUUUUAUCUGCCCCUUUCAUGAUAGAUAGAAAGUUGGUUUUUGAUGAGAUGAAUAUUAUUGUUAUUAGAUGAAGGGGUUCAAAUUUAACACAAGAUUAAGAUUUA